AUGGAAAGCAACGUUUUACAUACCCAAGCAACCACAAGAUGGCUGCUGACAAGACACCGCAGGACGAGUUCGUCGAGCUAUUUGAUGACUUCAAAUGAGCUGGACUCAGAAGACGACAUAAAAUAUGUUUUUUAUAAAUAUUCAGUAGGAAAUUUCCUAACAUUGAUGGGAUUGGAACAAAUUCUAGCUUCAGUUAGCAUUCAUGUUACUAACUCUAACUGGAACAAAACAUAGGAAAUUUUCCUUGUUUUGGCUACUUAACCCUCCUUAAAUUGAACAAUUUCUUUUUCAUAUUAUAAUUUUUAUAGAAAAAUUUAAAAAUUAAUCCCCUUUAAAUUGCUAUUAGAUUUUUUGUUCAUUUUUAAAGGGGGGAGUAAAACCUUAAUUAGUGCUCUUUUACAGACCGUUGUUACAGAAAGACCAAGUACUCUUUAUCUAGGCAUUUUGUCCUUAAAUGAAUUUACUUCACUUGUACUGAAUGACGACGCAAACAAGAGUAAAAUUAAAUAUAGUCUUAAAUAACAACGCUUUGAGAAGCAGAAGAAUUAAUAAUAGUGCAAUAAUUCCACUCAGUUUUGCAAAACUACUCAAUAUCAUUGCAGUAGAGCAAAGAGAAAAACAGAUAAAAAAUGACAUUUCUACAGUAAGGGAUAUUUAGAAUAAAAAUGCAGCUCAAAAUAUUGGCAGCUUUAAAGAGCUGAUUAAUCUAAAUUAUUCAAAGCCAAAGUUUCCAGCUGCAAGUAGAAGCCAAAAGCUCUUAAAUGUUCACGCAAAAGAAGUGAGAAAUAAAAUGAGGCAUUCCUUGGGCUUUGGAAAGAAAUAAAAUGGUAGCAGAGAUUGGAUCUGAGGUGAAACCGCUAUGGAGCAGGUCGGACCAAUCCAGAUAAAGCUGAACACAAGGCCUCUAUCCCUUUCGAAGUAGGCCAUCAGAUUUGCACCUUUCCAAAGAGGGAAGUUUUGCUUUUCUCGAAGUUUUCUUGUCCCUGUCAGAUGUGUAGAAGAUUUUGCCUACCAUAGGGGCUCCGAGGACGAAGCAGUUGACCGAAGUGUUGAUGGCGAAAGAUGCUCCUUGUGAGCAAAUAGACCACUUCUCAGACUAUGGCUCUGCCAUAGGGACGAUAGUUUAAGCAAGAAGCCCAAAAAUUGAACUCCAAAUAGCCUUUCUUUAGCUGAGAUGGGGUAAAGGUAGUGACUUAUCCGCUUUCAGCUUAACUUUUCUCUUUAACUUGGGCUUUGACAUCAGUUUGGACUAA